CCCCCACUCCCCUUUUCCUACACAGUAUCCCCUCCCUCUUCUUUCCUCUCUGCCCUGAUCUCAUAGCUGCUGCCUGGUUGUUAUUCUGCCUCUGCAUAAGGAUUAGAUGUGGAUAGAACUCUAGUACUCAUAAACAAAAAUAAGACUAUUGUAUUAUUAAGAGGUUGGAACCGAUAGUGUUUUGGGAGAGAGGAUUUGGAAUUAUUCUUGUAGUUGCUGAGGGAAGGGGAAGAACAUCAAUGUGACUCAGACAGCAAACUCCAGGAUUACACAGCCAGGAUCCUGCCCUUCCUGCAGCUGAUCUGGGAAGAAGGGGGAUCUGCAGCCAUGGAACUCUCACAAGGCUCAAUCCACCAUGUCGCUGUCCAUGCGACCUCAGAGGGUCACUUCUACUUCAAUUAUUAGAAGUCAGUCAUUUGCUGGUGGUAACUCCAACUACGAAAAGACCAGACAUCGGCCGGCCUUCCACACUCCCACAGUCUCUCGAAAGUCCGGUUCCAGAGUUCGUAGAAUGUUUUCCAUGUCGCACAAGUCCCCUCCUCCUAAGGUGCCUCAACCUGACAGAGUUGAUGAGGUGUAUGAUGCCCUUAAAAAGGGGUUAGGGGCAUAUUUAGAGGUUCACCAAAUGGAGUUGGACAAGCUAACAACUCAGAUCAGGGAAUCCAAGAGGAACUCCAGGCUGGGCUUCCUUUAUGACCUAGACAAGCAAGUGAAGUCCAUCGAACGGUUUAUCCGUAGGCUGGAGUUUCACACAAGCAAGAUAGAUGAGCUGUAUGAAUCAUACUGUAUCCAACGUAGACUGAGGGAUGGAGCACAUAAUAUGGUGAGAGCUUACACAGUCUCUCCAAGCAGCAAGGAGGCUCGUGAGAGCAUGUCAGAAGCUGGAAAAGGAUAUAAAGAAUACACAGAGAACAUGUGCGUACUGGAAAAUGACCUGGAAAGUCAGCUGGGAGAGUUUCACAUAAAAAUGAAGGGUCUUGCAGGGUUUGCACGGUUGUGUGCUGGAGAUCAAUAUGAGAUUUUUAUGAAGUAUGGUCGACAACGCUGGAAAUUAAAAGGACGCAUUGAAGUUAAUGGAAAACAGGUCUGGGACAGCGAAGACAUGGUAUUCCUGCCAUUAAUCACAGAAUUUCUUUCUAUAAAGGUUACGGAAUUGAAAAGCUUGGCAAACCACGUGGUAGUGGGUAGCGUGUCUUGUGAAACAAAAGAUCUCUUUGCGGCUCUCCCACAAGUGGUAGCAGUGGACAUUAACGAUUUGGGCACAAUAAAGCUCAGUUUGGAAGUCAACUGGAAUCCAUUUGACAAAGAUGACCAGCCCUCCGCUGCCAGCACUGUAAAUAAAUCCUCCACUGUCAACAAACGAUUCUCGACAUAUAACCCCAGUCCUCCAGAUACACCGUCACUUCGAGAACAAGCUUUUUAUAGUUCUGUGUUGCCAGACUUGGGAAAGCACAGCUGGCCAAUGCUGGUCAUGCUACGAGAGACCUUAAUUGAGAAAUUGUCUCAGAGUUGCUCGUGCAGUGAUGUCUCGUCCAUCCAGUGUAAUACUUGUGAGCAAGACAACUAUAAUAUGCUGCGACGUCAGGAUGACUUGGAAAAUGGAGCUGCUUGGUCCAUCUCUUCAGAAUCCUCUGAUGAUUCCUCAAGUCCCCAGUUGUCUAGUAGUGUACGACAUGCUCCAAAAAAUAUUGUUCAACCUGAAGUUCAAGCUUCUCCCCCACAUAUAGAGAUAGCCUUUUCCCAACGAGAGGAGAGCCUGAACACAACAACGGAGACUGGAAAUCAAGAAGAAGAACUUGAUGAACAUAUUGUAAAACCAAAUGUGUCAAUAAAAGAAUCUGUGGCCAAUGGCCAUGUGCCAUACUCAAGGACACUAAGCCAUAUUAGUGAAGUCAGCUUUGAUGCAACGGCCUCAGACUUCCAAGUUUUAGAUGGACCUCAAAUCACUUUAACAGUGGACGCUGAUUUCCCAGAAAUAGCUACUGUGGUUUCCUCUUGCAGUGAGGAAACAUAUGAUAUGCCAAUCACUGAACAAGCAUGCUAUGCACAGGAAUUGGAAUUAGAGAAUACACUAACACCUAAUGCAAAGAUAGAAGUUGAAAUAAACCAGGACGUAGUACGUUCUGUACAGCCACAGUCUUCAUUAAUAUCACAAGAAUUUUCUUCCAGUAUAGACAAGUGUAAGCUUGUGGUGGAUGGGCUACCUGAGAUUGAUCAGCAUGAACCGAGAAUUCAAGAUUCUCCUAUUACCUUUCCUUGUUUAGACACUGUUCUCGAAGAGCCAGUCAUAAAAGUCAUAUCUUCUGUAACCACAAAAGUGAAACCUGUGGACACUGGUUUGGAUGAUGCAAUCAAUUCUUUGAGUUCAUCACUGGAUGACUACCGGGGCCAAUUUCCUGAACUACAAACACUUGAACAUGAAGUCAAACAUCUGGAAGAGAUUCUCAUGCAGAGGCAAGGAGUAUUCAGGAGCAGAGCAUCAAGCAUAAGCCUGACUGUGGAACAUGCCCUAGAGAGCUUUGACUUCCUAAACAUUACUUCUGACAUGGAGGAUUCGGAGUGCUCGGAGGAAGAAGGUGGUCACAAUGAGAGCAGCCUAAACACUGAGCACUUCCCUGUGGUGGCUGUAGAACAGAGCAGACCUGCAGCAGAGGAGAUCAGGGUGUGCUCUACCCCUGAAGGAACCACUGAUCCUUUAAGUACAGGUAGUGAACAUCUGGAUAGGGCCUUGGUUAUGCAUCUGAACAACUGUAACAGGCUACUCCUGCAAUUGGGUACAUUUGGGCCUCUUCGCUGUCGGGAGUUAUAUGCACUUGAUAAAUUGAUGAGAGAGGCCCAAAUCUUAGAAGUUAUCUGCACUCUAACAGAGGAAAAAUCAGGAAGACCAAACUCUGCUGAAGAAGUUGUGCGGUUUUCAACACCUAAAGAGGCAGUUCUUACCUUCUGGAAUGAGUGUGUGCAGACCACGGAUGUUUUUGUUUGCUCUGUGGAUUCAUUUCUACAAGCCUUGAGUUUACGCUAUUCAGAACAAGUCAACUCACAGCAGCAAGGGCUUGCAGAUGCAGUGUUUGUAAGGAUGGUAGAAGAUAUUUUUGACCGGAAAUUGCCCAGGAGAACCAGGAAUACUUGCAAUGAUCAGAUGACCAUCUUUCAGUAUUGGAGCCACUUUGAGUCUAUCCCUGUCGCUUCUUUAGAUGCCCAUAUUCUUGAGUUGGCAAAAGAAGUACUCUUUGUGCAGAACCUGAACUCAGAUGACCAGAAUGUAGUUUUAAAAGCCUUGAAGCGAGUUCCAGAGAGCUGCAUGCAAAAGCAAGCGUUCAAGACUUUAAGCCUUCUACUCACUAAUGGAAACAGCAGAGUCAUUACCGCUGUGUCCACGUUCCUUAGAACCUUCUCUGAGCAGCACCAUUUACGGGAGAGGGCUCUUGUGUGUUUCUUGGAGCAGCUUGAAGAUGAAGAUUUACAUAUGCGAGUUGCUGGUUGUGCAGCACUUGGGUGUUUAAAGGCCAAAGAAAGCAUAGACCAACUAGUUUAUCUGUGCCAAACUGACAAAGAUGAAGUUAAAGAGGCUGCCAAACAUAGUCUAAUGCUAUUUGGAGAAGAUGGGAAACUUGCAUGUCGACAUUUAGAGGAAACUCUAGGGUGUCUGCCACGAAUCUUCGCACCUGGAGCCAUGGCAAGCACAGCAUUCUGAAGUCCUAAGAAACUACAUUUUGCUGCUUUGCAAUCAAUGAAGGCCUAUGGUCUUCCAAUUUUUAUACAGGCGUUUCAAGAUAUGAGUGGACUUACAGUAUUAAUCAUUUUCUUUACUGCAGAAAGGUCUGAUGGUGCAGACUGCUUAUCUGAUUGAGAGCUUAACUAAACCAACUUGGAUGACCUACCUCUGACAAUAGCAAUGUCUAGUAGAGCAUAAAAGGACACUGAGCAAGAAAAGAUGCUCGAUGAGUGUUAACACUGUUAAAAGCCCAGAAGUAUUAUCCCUAAUGCUCCAUCAUUUGGGGAGACAGAUAAUUAUGGAGGAAUUUCUAUGGAGAAUGACUCACAACUGCAACAGAUAUUUAAGUGUAGAUUUUACUAACUCGCAUAACACUGCUGUCUCUUAUCUGUCAGGAUCUGCCGCGCAUGUCUGCAUUGCAUUAUUCUUGUAACUUAAUUGAGAUUAUCCCACAGUAAGUGGCCUUUGAUAUUUUUGUAAAGAAAACCGCUAGUUCAUGUUCCUUGGACUAUUUUAUUUCUUAAUUAUUGUUUUUAAUGUUACAUUUGAAAUGCAGGGGAUCUCUUUCAAAUCGCUCUGUUUUGUGUCUCUGCUUGUAAAUGGUGGAAUUUAUAUCAAUAAAUGGCCAAUUGUUGUUUUAGAUUGAACAAAAAACAAAUAAAAUAUGUGGCCAAACACACGUCACUGCCAUUUCAAAAUGGAAAUUUUGCAAUAUCUUCAUAAGGAAGAAGUUUAACUAAAGCUAGGUACACCCUGUGUACUUUUUUGGGGGACAAACAAAUGCUAUGACACACUAAAAUAUAUAUAUAUUAUACACUGCUCAAAAAAAUAAAGGGAACACUUAAACAACACAAUAUAACUCCAAGUCAAUCACACUUCUGUGAAAUCAAACUGUCCACUUAGGAAGCAACACUGAUUGACAAUCAAUUUCACAUGCUGUUGUGCAAAUGGAAUAGACAACAGGUGGAAAUCAUAGGCAAUUAGCAAGACACCCCCAAUAAAGGAGGAGUUCUGCAGGUGGUGACCACAGACCACUUCUCAGCUCCUAUGCUUUCUGGCUGAUGUUUUGGUCACUUUUGAAAGCUGGCGGUGCUUUCACUCUAGUGGUAGCAUGAGACUGAGUCUACAACCCACACAAGUGGCUCAGGUAGUGCAGCUCAUCCAAUAUGGCACAUCAAUGCGAGCUGUGGCAAGAAGGUUUGCUGUGUCUGUCAGCGUAGUGUCCAGAGCAUGGAGGCGCUACCAGGAGACAGGCCAGUACAUCGGGAGACGUGGAGGAGGCCGUAUGAGGGCAACAACCCAGCAGCAGGACCGCUACCUCCGCCUUUGUGCAAGGAGGAGCACUGCCAGAGGCCUGCAAAAUGACCUCCAGCAAGCCACAAAUGUGUAUGUGUCUACUCAAACGAUCAGAAACAGACUCCAUGAGGGUGGUAUGAGGGCCCGACGUCCACAGGUGGGGGUUGUGCUUACAGCCCAACACUGUGCAGGACGUUUGGCAUUUGGCAGAGAACACCAAGAUUGGCAAAUUCGCCACUGGCGCCCUGUGCUCUUCACAGAUAAAAGCAGGUUCUCACUGAGCACAUGUGACAGAGUCUGGAGACGCCAAGGAGAACGUUCUGCUGCCUGCAACAUCCUCCAGCAUGACCGGUUUGGCAGUGGAUCAGUAAUGGUGUGAAGUGUGCUCGCCAGAGGUAGCCUGACUGCCAUUAGGUACCGAGAUGAGAUCCUCAGACCCCUUGUGAGAGCAUAUACUGGUGCAGUUGGCCCUGGGUUCCUCCUAAUGCAAGACAAUGCUAGACCUCAUGUGGCUGGAGUGUGUCAGCAGUUCCUGCAAGACGAAGGCAUUGAUGCUAUGGACUGGCCCGCCCGUUCCCCAGACCUGAAUCCAAUUGAGCACAUCUGGGACAUCAUGUCUCGCUCCAUCCACCAACAAUUGCACCACAGACUGUCCAGGAGUUGGUGGAUGCUUUAGUCCAGGUCUGGGAGGAGAUCCCUCAGGAGACCAUCCGCCACCUCAUCAGGAGCAUGCCCAGGCAUUGUAGGGAGGUCAUACAGGCACGUGGAGGCCACACACACUACUGAGCCUCAUUUUGACUUGUUUUAAGGACAUUACAUCAAAGUUGGAUCAGCCUGUAGUGUGUUUUUCCACUUUAAUUUGGAGUGUGACUCCAAAUCCAGACCUCCAUGGGUUAAUAAAUGUGAUUUCCAUUGAUAAUUUUUGUGUGAUUUUGUUGUCAGCACAUUCAACUGUGUAAAGCAGAGGUUCUCAAACUUGGUCCUCGUGGGCCCACACAGUGCAUGUUUUGCAGGUAACCCAGCAGGUGCACAGGUGUAUUAAUUACUCACUGACACAUUUUAAAAGGUCCACAGGUGGAACUAAUUAUUUCACUUGUGAUUCUGUGAGGAGACCUGCAAAACAUGCACUGUGUGGGCCCCCGAGGACCGAGUUUGAGAACCUCUGGUGUAAAGUAAAGAACAAAGUAAUUAAUAAGAAUAUUUCAUUCAUUCAGAUCUCGGAUGUGUUAUUUUAGUGUUCCCUUUAUUUUUUUGAUAUAUAUAUAUAUAUAUAUAUAUAUAUACAGAAAGUUUAGCACUCACCAUAGCAAGCUCACUUAUCCUCACAACAUCAAUAAAUAAAUGAUGGGGGUUUAGUUAGUGAAUUGGCCAAUGCACGGAAGCCUGCAUACCGCUCGCCAAGGUACCCCACCUUCAUGCAGGUCCUACACUAUCACAAAGUCUCAAAAAUUAAAACCUGGCAACUGUAUCACUCAUAAUAUACUGCACACAUGCCCAUAUAUAUAUAUAUAUAUAUAUAUAUUUGUCAAACAAAGGUGCAGCACUCUGAACUGAACAAAUCACCAAUGAGACCAAAUCUGCUUGCAGUGCCGCAUCUUUGUUAGACAUUUACCAAUUUGGGGGGGCACCAGUGGCAGAUUAAGUUUAUAUUAGGAGUGCCUAUAUAUAUAUAUAUAUAUAUAUAUAAUGGUCCAAUGGACUGGCACUCUCUCUAAAGGGCCCCAUACACUAGAGCAAUAAUGCCCGAUUUCAUCCAAAUUUGGGCCGAUACAUUGGGUGAUAUCAGCAUUUUGGAUGUGUUUCCGAUCCGAUGCACAUUCACGCGAGGGUCGGAUCAGCUCCCCUAGAUCCCUCAGGAGACCAUCCGCCACCUCAUCAGGAACAUGCCCAGGCAUUGUAGGGAGGUCAUACAGGCACAUGGAGGCCACACACACUACUGAGCCUCAUUUUGACUUGUUUUAAGGACAUUACAUCAAAGUUGGAUCAGCCUGUAGUGUGUUUUUCCACUUUAAUUUGGUGUGUGACUCCAAAUCCAGACCUCCAUGGGUUAAUAAAUGUGAUUUCCAUUGAUAA